GCGAGCCGUUGUUUGUGUUGUUAGUGUUCGUGAGGUGAUACUAGUAGCGAGUGACAAACUGGAAAUUGUGGAAGUUCUUUGGGAUAACAAUUUCAGAAGCUUUAUUAGUGAAAUAAAUGCGGUUUAACUAACAAUAUAUAUACACAUCCAAGUCUUAAUGUGACGGGAAUUAUGUAAAAAUAAAUAAAUGAACAAAAACGUGACGCUAUGGCAUAUGGUCAGCACAUUGAACAUUAUCUGUUGCUGUGAAAUGCAAAAGAAUUUAAUGACCAAUUAUCAUUAAUGAGCUGACCAUAGAUAAUCCAUGACCAUAUCAGCUGUCAUAUUUAAUUAAAACAGGUGCGAGAGCAGCGGCCGCGCCGACCUGAGAUGUGGUCCGAGUUUGUGAAAAUGAAAGAGCUCGUCACGACCGCCACGACGACCGCCGCAAAGUGACGCCUGAAGUGUGUUUGGCACAAGGAGAGACCGAGACGGUGCCGGGGAGCCUGGAGGCCUGUCGUGCGCCUCGCCCGACACCCCCGACAGGAGAAGCUGGACAAUGAGGCGCGCUGCUGUGUGGCCUCACAGUGGUGUUCGGAGGCCUCAUCAUGGCAAGCGCUGAGGACGCGAGGCCGCGGAAUGUGAGGCAGUGGGAGUCAUGAGGUGGCGGGAGGCUGGCCCCGUGGUGGUGGUGGCUGUGCUGCAAGUGGUGGUGGUGGUGGUGCUGCCCUCCCUGCUGCAACCUGCACACGCCGCAUGGUGGUUUGUGUCCCAGCUGAGUGCGUCGUACACGUCGACGAGGAUUCACUGUGAAAACAUCCCCGGUCUCGUGCGGCGCCAGCGAGUGCUAUGUGAGCGGCACCCCGACGCAAUGCUCGCCGUGACCGAGGGCGCCACGAUGGGAGUCCAACAUUGCCAGAAGCAGUUCCAGGAUUCCCGUUGGAAUUGCUCCACCAUUCCUCGAGAUGCGUCUGUGUUCGGCAGACACGUUCUGCGAAGUACGAGGGAAUCUGCCUUUGUCUACGCCAUCAACAGUGCGGGUGUUGUGCAAGCGAUCACGCGAGCAUGUAGUCGUGGCGCCAUCAUGAACUGUGCCUGUGACAUCACCAAGAAGCAAAAUCCUAGUGAUUUUUGCCGUGCAUAA